AUUCUGGUUAGAUUCAUUACUGAGAGCUCUGAGACAGUUCUUGGUUAUCAAAGGAAUGUUGGCAUUCAGAGUUGUUAAAGACAAUGAGAAAUGAGUUUCUCCUUGAAGCAAUCAGAGGUUUCUAAAGAGUUCAAGACUUGAACUCUCUCCUUAGGUGUUUUAACAUUAUUUCAGAUCACCCAUGCACCUUCUAAAGCCCCAGUCCCAGAUUAUCUACAUCACUUUUUCCAGUGGAUUGCCUCCUGUUUUAUGUACACAACAAUCCCUGAGGGAGGACCUGUUACUGUUGUUUGGUCUGUGAGGAAACAGACUCUGAAGAAAGUGACAUGACAUAAAAUUACAGUAGAGUGGAUACUCCACUGCAGGGCUUCUCUGGCCUCAUUGUAAGUGUUAGUAAUAAAUUAAUGGUUAAGGGAGCAGUGGUGCCCACAGGGGGCUGCAGUGACAAGUAGAAAGUUAGCUGAGGAAACAUGUUUUGUGAUCCUAGAGCCCCAUGAAAUGUAGAUUUUGUUUUUUUAAAUUUUAGGGAGUUGGUAGCAUCACCGGAUGAUGUUUUAUAAUAAGGAUCAAAUGAGACUAUACCCAUAAAGGGUAUGGGUAUAGUCAAGGCCCAGCUCACUGCGAUCAAUCAGUAGUAUUGGGAAUGGAUUUAUAUGACAGGCUGAGAAGUUUCGUCAUUGGGGUGGUGGUGGAGAAGUUGAGUUCAUUUUGAACAGGCUGAAGGAUGAUUUGUUUUCCUUUGCACAGAGGAUGAAACUGAGACUUUGGAGAUUCAGUGACUUUUCUUGAGUUACCAAAGUUGUCUCUGCUGUUUGCUCCUGACCUCACCAAACAACUAUGUCAUCAGAAUCAAGCAAAAAACGAAAGCCCAAAGUCAUCCGAAGUGAUGGAACCCCAACUGAAGGAAAGCGUAAUCGAUCUGACACUGAGCAGGAAGGUAAAUACUACAGUGAGGAGGCUGAAGUAGACCUGCGGGACCCUGGCAGAGACUACGAGCUAUACAAGUACACGUGCCAGGAGCUACAGAGGCUCAUGGCUGAGAUCCAGGACUUGAAGAGCAGGGGAGGCAAAGAUGCGGCAGUUGAGAUUGAAGAUCGAAGGAUCCAGAGCUGUGUGCAUUUCAUGACUCUAAAGAAACUUAACCGAUUAGCCCACAUCAGGUUGAAGAAAGGAAGAGAUCAGACCCAUGAGGCCAAGCAGAAAGUAGACGCCUAUCACCUGCAGCUCCAGAACCUGUUGUAUGAGGUGAUGCACCUGCAGAAGGAGAUCACCAAAUGUCUGGAAUUUAAGUCAAAGCAUGAAGAAAUUGAUCUGGUCAGUUUAGAGGAGUUUUAUAAAGAAGCCCCUCCAGAUAUCAGCAAGGCUGAAGUCACCAUGGGAGACCCUCACCAGCAAACCCUUGCACGUCUGGACUGGGAGCUAGAGCAGCGGAAAAGGCUGGCAGAGAAGUACCGAGAGUCUCUGUCCAACAAGGAGAAGAUCCUCAAAGAGAUUGAGGUGAAGAAGGAGUACCUGAGCAGCCUCCAGCCUCGCCUCAACAGCAUCAUGCAGGCUUCCCUCCCCGUGCAAGAGUACCUCUUCAUGCCAUUUGACCAGGCUCACAAGCAGUAUGAGACGGCCAGACACCUGCCACCUCCUCUCUAUGUCCUCUUUGUUCAGGCCACUGCAUAUGGGCAGGCCUGUGAUAAGACAUUGUCUGUGGCGAUCGAAGGCAGUGUGGAUGAAGCCAAGGCUCUGUUCAAGCCUCCUGAAGACUCCCAAGACGAUGAGAGCGACUCAGAUGCUGAAGAGGAGCAGACCACGAAACGCCGACGACCCACACUGGGAGUUCAGUUGGAUGAUAAACGCAAGGAGAUGCUGAAGAGGCACCCACUCUCUGUCAUGCUCGACCUGAAGUGUAAAGAUGACAGCGUGCUUCACCUGACUUUCUACUACCUCAUGAACCUCAACAUCAUGACUGUAAAAGCCAAAGUGACAACUGCCAUGGAACUGAUCACCCCCAUCAGUGCAGGUGACUUACUGUCUCCAGAUUCAAUCCUGAGUUGUUUGUAUCCUGGGGAUCAUGGAAAGAAAACUCCCAAUCCAGCCAACCAGUAUCAGUUUGAUAAAGUUGGCAUCCUGACUUUGAGAGACUACGUACUUGAUCUUGGUCAUCCUUAUUUGUGGGUACAGAAACUGGGUGGCCUCCACUUCCCCAAAGAGCAGCCCCAGCACACAGUGAUCGCUGACCACUCACUGAGUGCCAGCCAUAUGGAAACCACUAUGAAACUGCUGAAGACCAGAGUGCAGUCCCGACUGGCCCUCCACAAACAGUUUGCAUCCCUGGAACAUGGCAUUGUGCCAGUUACUAGCGAUUGCCAGUACCUCUUCCCUGCAAAGGUUGUCUCUCGCCUGGUGAAGUGGGUGACUAUUGCCCCUGAGGAUUACAUGGAGCUGCAUUUCACCAAAGACAUUGUGGAGGCAGGGCUGGCUGGGGAUACCAAUCUCUACUACAUGGCACUCGUGGAAAGGGGCACAGCCAAACUCCAGGCCGCUGUGGUUCUGAACCCAGGUUACUCCUCUAUCCCACCCAUUUUCCAGUUGUGUCUGAACUGGAAAGGGGAGAAAACCAAUAGCAAUGAUGACAAUAUUCGGGCUAUGGAGAGUGAGGUCAACGUGCGCUACAAGGAGCUGUGUGGCCCCCGACCCAGCCAUCAGCUCUUGACUAACCAGCUGCAGCGGCUGUGCGUGCUGCUAGAUGUCUACCUGGAGACUGAGAGUCAUGACGACAGUGUGGAGGGACCUAAGGAGUUUCCCCAGGAGAAGAUGUGUCUGCGACUUUUCAGGGGUCCCAGCAGGAUGAAGCCUUUUAAAUAUAACCAUCCUCAAGGAUUCUUCAGCCACCGCUGACCUCCCACUCGGCCCACUGUUUCCCCUCAAGGCUCCUAAGUGCUGUACCACUGCUUUCUACUGUGGCCCACAUGUGGCUCUUGAUAGUCUCCAAAGACAGGUUUUGUUUCGUUUUCUGUUUAUGUCUAGCCUAUUAAAAUGUCACCUGAAGA